CUCCUCACACACUCACUCGCGCUCACUUACUUUCAAGGCACAUGCAGCCUCCAAACUCUGUCCACUCUCUUCAUUCUCCUCUGACAAUUUCUUAGGUUUUUUUUUCUAUUAAUACACACUUAAGGAAGUCUUACUCUUGUUUCAGUGUACAACAGAGACAAAGAAACUUAAGUGAAGAUGUUCAAUGCGUAACUUUUAGCGUUCGCGAGCGCGUAACGUCUGUAGUGCGUGACGCAUAUCUUGUAUAUGUUCGCGUGAGCUGUAAACGCAGUGAAGAUGACACCUCAAACUCAGUGGAGAGACUUAAGAGAAAGCUGGAAACUUAACACUGGAGCACCCAGCGUUGCUUAGGACAUUACAAUACGAGAAGCCAAGCCGGACGCGUUGUUUAUUGGAAGCAAGCAGGAAUACGCACUGAUGCGCGCGAGCUGGUAAAACUGCUGAUCCUGUUCAUUUAAGUGGGAUGUAGGAUUGUACGUACUUUGGCUGCGUUACUUUUGAUGUCUCCGAUCAGCACACCUGUAAAGAUUUCUGCUUUCUGUGAUCCAGUCACACCAUGCCUGAAGGUGCGGGACGCAACAGCCAGAAAAAAAACAGCAACCAAGCUGCCAAGCGCCCCUCCUCUGUGUCCUCGCUGAGUGGGAUUGUGAGCCGCAUGGCCUCCUCAGGAGGCGCAUCCCGCGGGAGCUGCACCUCCGUUAACACAGUGUGCUCUGACAGUGACCGUGCUGCUAGUCUAAGCUCCUCUGCCUCCUCUGCCUCGCUGCAGGAUGGACACUCUUCGUCUUCGUCCUCAUCGCUCCCCUACGGAGCAGUGCCAGCCUACCCUGGGCCACAGCAUAAUGGUUCUGAUAUCAGCCUGGACCUCACCCCUCUCUCCCUGCUGGCGGGAGCCGGUGCCCUCUCCACUUCCACAACAACACUGCCCAAACUUACUCGCCUGGAGAGGGUGGCGUUAGAGAUACUGGAGACCGAACAGGCCUAUGUGAGGGACCUCAAGAGCAUUGUGGAGGACUAUCUUGGCUGCAUUAUUGACUGUGGCGACUUGCCGCUCAAACCCGAAGAGGUCAGCACCCUCUUCUGCAACAUCGAGGACAUCUAUGAGUUUAACAGUGAGCUUUUGGAAGAUCUGGAGCGCAGUCCGCAUGCGGCAGCCAUAGCAGAGUGCUUUGUGGAGAGGAGUGAAGCUUUUGACAUUUACACCAUAUACUGCAUGAAUUACCCCAACUCAGUGACCGUCCUGCGGGACUGCAUGAAGAACGAGAGCCUGGUGCGCUUCUUCCAGGAAAGACAGGCCACCUUGUGUCACUCGCUGCCUCUGGAGACCUACCUGCUAAAACCAGUGCAGAGAAUCCUUAAAUACCACCUCCUGCUGCAGGAGCUGUCCAAACACUUUGAUAAAAGUGACCCUGGCUAUGAGGUGGUGGAAGAUGCCAUUAUAACUAUGACAGCAGUGGCCUGGUACAUCAAUGACAUGAAGAGGAAGCAGGAACAUGCAAUCAGAUUGCAGGAGAUUGAGAGCUUGCUGCUGAACUGGACGGGUCCUGACCUCAGUGGUUUUGGAGAGCUGGUUCUUGAAGGUUCCUUCCGGGUUCAACGCGUGAAAAAGGAAAGAGCUUUCUUUCUUUUUGACAAAAUGCUUCUUAUUGCCAAGAAGAGGCUGGAUCAUUUCAUAUACAGUACUCACAUAUUUUGCUGUAAUCUGCUCUUAGUGGAAAAUAUGAAGGAUCCCCUCUGUUUUAAGGUGUCUGACCAAACAAUCCCAAAACAACAACAUGUUGUUCAGGCUAAAAACCAGGAGGAGAAGCGACUGUGGCUACAUUACCUCAAGAGAUUGAUCGUAGAAAACCAUCCUGCAUCCUUGCCUCAAAAAGCGAGGCAGGUUCUUGGUGACAACUUCUGUCAGUCUCCACAGUUUGAUCAGGAACCAAUUAGAAAGCCAAUGCCGUCACCACGACUGGAUGAUGUUCAUAACUACCACAGAGGAAGAAGGCAAUCAGAGCCACCAGAAUUCAUCUACACCCCUGAAAAAGCCAAGAAAAGCCUUCCCAUGCUGUUAGAGGGUAACCUGCCAUACAAACGUGGAAGAAGACAAUCUGCGCCUGCCAAAGAUAUAGAAGCUGCAUUUCAGCAAAGCGGUUCUUUAAAGAGUUCUCAAGCUGGCAGUGAAGGAGAAUUGUGCCCACAGGCUGAUAGUAUGGGCUCUUCAGGCAGUACCAGUACUCUGGCUUCCUCAGUCAUUGAAGUUGAAUCUGGACGUGAUGAUCUGGCCUUAUGUCAAGAUGAAGAUGAUAUGACACCACUCCCUCCACCACCAACACUGUCUAUUACUGAAGAAAUCAUGGAAUUCAUUAACCAGAGCCGUGCUCGGCAGGGCAUGACAGAGUUGACAUCUGAUAGGUGUCAGUUGAUUCCAGAGACCUUAGAAGUUCAGCCAUUGGAAGGACAGGAGUCAGAGGAAUCCAAACCACUUAUAGCUGAGAUGGAUGAAAAUACACAUGCGAUCAUUAAUGUCCAAAGAUCCGAUGCAGAGAAAACUGAAUCAGUUCAAGACGAGGACAGCCAUCCAUCCUGUGAAGAAAAUAUUUCUCAACCAAAUGAGCCAAAGGGAGUAUCACCAACUCUGCAUGUCUCUACUGAGGAAAAUCAAUUAGAAGAGCUGACAUUCCAAGAGGCCAGUUGUGGUGAAUCAUGCAAAUCAGAGACCUUAAGUGAAGGAGAGAAAGAUAAUGAGAACUCUGUUAGUAAAAGUGAAAAUAAAUCAGCUAAAUCUGCAAAUGAGACAGCAUGUGAGGCCAAUUCACAUUGUCCUCUUAUUGAUACUUCAGAGAAAGAAUCUGAAAGCUCUCCCAAAAUAGAACCUGAGCAAAAACUGACCAAAAGUGACAAGCAGAUUAUUGAGAAGAUUCGCAGCUAUUAUGAGGCAGCGGAGACAGGAGUUGAGGAAGGUCAGUCUACACGAAGAAACAGCUUUUCUCAUAUUCCUGCAGGAUUAGUGAAGGAUUCUGUAACACGAUUCAAUGUUUGUGUUCGUCAGGACAGUUUGUUUGAGUCUGAGAGUGGCCGCUCAGACACUGUUGACACUGACUCAGCAUUUUUAAUACUCCCUGUAUCUGACCAAGCUGACCAGACUUUCAGCCAUCAGGAAUCUGUUGAUGCAGACAUUCCUCCCUCACAUUCAGAUGCUGACCAUCAAGUGGAAGAAAUUGACGGCAAGACCUCAAUGAAAAAGGAUGAAGAUGUUUGUGAUUUCAGUAUGAAACUGUGGAAGGAGAAUGAAAAGACUGGCCAAGAGUCUCCAAGCAGUCCGAAAGUCCCCAUCUCAAGAGAGAACAGCUGUGGUGAACAUACAGAUGCUCCUGAGAAAUUGUCCGUAAAUUGCAUAACAACCCAAGUACAGCAUAAACAAUCGGAGAGUUUACAAUGUGAUCCAGACGCACCAGACAAAUCUAAUCUGCAGGCCACAGAGACAGCAGAUGCAUCACUUCAAUGUGCAAGUAAAACUAGAUCUAGGAUGUCUUCUAAUGUAAGCCUGGAUAGCCUUCCCAUUCAGAUUAAAGUUGGCAGAUGGUCUCGUCAUGGCAAGGUGGUUACAUGUAGCCAAACCCUUUAUGAAGGAAUGGCCGAGGUACCAGAUUUAGGAUUUUUUGAGAGUGGACCAGUCAAUCAGUGCUUGGUGGAAAACUCAGAAAAGAUUUUAAAUAAAGUGCAAAUGCUUGCACGCAUGUACACUGCCAAGGCGAGCAGCAUGAAGGUACCGCUGCAUCAGAAAAAAACACGAGUGAGUAGGGGAGCAUGGUCAAUGGAUGGAAAAGGGAGCACUUCACCUAAACCUCAGCAAGUAAAGCUGCACCAGGGGGAUAUGAGGAUAAGCCAGUCUGAAGAAGAAUCUUUGGAAACUACACCUACUGAGCCUUUUGGUCAUAUAAUUUUAAGGGAGAAGCUGUCUACAACUUAUCACCAAGAAAAUGAUUGCAAUCUUAUUGGCCCGCUAGAUGAGAUUUCAGAAACUGGAUCUAAUUCACUGUCUUUUUCUUCUGCUGAUUCCUCUUUCACUUCGGCUCAAAUACUAGCAACUGUUACAGAAUCAAAGGUCUCUGUGAUAUCAGACCAUACAGACAGGUCAUUAGAAAUGACAGAGUCGAAACUACAUGAAAAAGAACAAUCCGUACCACUUCCAGUUUACUCUGGAACACCAGUCCAAGCUGAGUCAGUAGUCCCAUCCAAAAUCUGUGGGUUGCCAUUGGUUGAGCAUGCUAGCAGUGUACUACAGUCCAUUCAGGAGAACCAUUUAGAUGUUGGGGACAAAUUAAAUACAGUAUAUAGAAUUGCAGAAAGACAGGUAUUGCAAGAGGAUAAACCUGCUUUUGUAAACAAUUAUUGUCCAAUUAGUGAUGUUUUUAUUGACCCACUAGUCAAUAAACAUGUAACUAAAGAGACUCACAGUGAGGAGAAAAAAGACUCUGUUGUACAGCACUGUGAAAGUAUAUUGUCUAUAGAUGAUGAACGAGAUGAAAUGGAUAAAGGACAUUUGAAAUCCAACCAGUCUGAUACUGAAAUGACUAACAUGGAGGAACUAACACAUAUAGUGUCCUCCGUUAGUGAUGAAAGCACAUAUCCUCCAUUACACUUAGCAGCCUCCUUAAAAAACAGUGUUCCAUCCACUUUGAUAAUCUCUGAGGAAUCAAAACCUUUGGCCCAGGUGCAGGAUUUAACUAGCCCUACGCAUCUGGUGACUCUGCUUGGUUCAUGUAGCAAGUGUAGUCCACAGGAAGAUAAAUCUAAAGAAGACAUUAAUUCAAUGACUUUGAGCCCAUGCUCAACCCCACUUGGUAGACCUCUUUUAGAUGAGCUACCAAGGUUUACAAAUCAAAGACCCUCCAAUCUGCCUUCCACCACAGGAACGAGAAGUCCCUUCAAAAAUUGGAAUUCAUCAUCUCCAGUUGCUCAAAGAGUGCCACACACUUCACUGCGAACAGAGGAUCACACUCAAGAUAUUACUUCUUAUGGCCUUUCUCCUCACAAGCAGUCUUCAUCCCAGGCUUUUAAUGAUAAGUCUUCAAUCACUCCCUUGGGUGGUGAACAUAAAUUAGAUACAAAACCACCCUCUGCCUUUAGUCCAAGUCUCCGAAUGAGGUCACCCUCUCCAAUUAGAGGUACACAGAGCUCCAGACCUACUUCAACAACCUCAGCUCUUACAAAGUCUCUUGCUGCCUCCUGCAUCAGUCAGACGAUUUCUCAAAGCAUGGCCAAGAGAGGUGCACAUAUUCAGACUGUGUCCCAACCUGUAAGAUCCUCUCCUCUACCCACAUCUUCCGUAAGAUUACGGACGCCAUCACCAAAACCCAUCACCUUGGACUCAAAUGUAGAGUCAGGAUUUAGGGCAAUAUCCAGCCCUGGGGUAGGAAGUCAACCCCCAAGGUCUUGUCCAUCCCCAUUCAGAUCCAACAGUCUUCGAUCUAGUCCAGCAACAGUCCAGUCCCCUCCUCCUUAUCGUAGCCAAAGGUCAAUAUCUCCAGCACCUCCAGUUAGCCUCCAUUCAACUCCAUCUGUUAACAGCCCAACCUCCACUGCUCUUGAACAACCUUCGUUCAGCAGUUUAAAUUGUAAUAAUAACAAUAAUAACAGCUUAAGUAAUAAUGGGUGGGUCGCUAAUAACAAAAAAACAGCACCAUCAGCUGUAAGUGGACUCCCUCAUUUCCAUGAUUCCCAGCGAACAACCUCACACAAUAGGGUGGCUCGUCCUUUCCCAUCGUCUGAGCCUAGUUCCCGUGUACAGUCCCCUUCCAUUUGCCUCCAAUCUCCAAUCACCCGAAUCUGCUCUCCUCCACCUGCUCCCAACCAUUCCAGUCAUCUGGUAACAAAGCCACCCAACCCCAGAGCAUCCAGACAAGGUGGCUACUUUACACCUUUAUCUUUGGAAAUUUCAAGAUCAACAUCAGCUUGUUCAAUAUCUCCUUGCGGGAGUCCCAGAAUCACCUCUCCUCCCCCUAUUGGCAUUCCUACAAAUGUUUGGGGCUAUGCUAAUCCACAACCAAGGAAUCCAUUAGUAACAAGUGCAUCGUCUCAUACAAAAUUGGAAACAAACUCUACUCCAAGAGGCUCUAGAAUCAUCUCGCCCACCCCAACAGGAUCAUCAUCCUAUUCAGCCAACUCUCAGAGUCAGAGGAGGUUACGAGGAACCAGUUUGCCCUUUGUUGUGAUAGGGGAUAGCCUUCCAAGUCCAACUAGACACGAACGCAGAUCUUGGGCUGAAAGUGGACGGUGGUCAGUGGGUUCAGAUCUAGGUUUAAUAAGUCCUCGUGGGGGUUCAUACAGUGGUAGCCCGUCUUCUGUUAGCCCUGGUCCUCUUUCACCAGUCAGACUAACAGCCGAAAGGACAAGUGGAAAACACUUUACAGGCAUUUCCUGGCCAGAUGUACACGAUCUCUUGAUUAAAUACACAGAGCCCAAUACUGAAGCAAAUGCUUUAUCCUGCACCGAGAUAGAGCCAGGUGACAUGGACGGUACAGAACCUACAUGUCGGAGUACCCUUAUUUGUCCAUAUGUUGCUCCAGCCAGCCCCAUUGAGAGAGACACUCCCAUUCAGUGCCAGACCGAGGCUAAAACAGAAGACUGUGUUCCUAAUCAAGGGUCUAAAACAACAUUAAAGACCAGUUAUGCCACCACUGUCAAUUUGCAGAUUGCUGGGAGUGGGAGGAUUGCAUCCUUUAGCAAUGCACAAGUCAGCCUGACUCAAACUCUGACCCCUGUGGCAGACAGUCAGAGCAGGAGAAGAGUCAGCAUCAACAGCUGCAACUUCUCUAUGCAGAACUGCAAAAGGCUUUGAGUGAUGUAAUUCUGAGGUCUAGCAUGGUGCCUCAUUUUUCAAGACACUUUAUCUGGCACUUUAGCAUGUAGCAGAGGAGUCAGCUUGGAGAUUAAGGUCCCCUUCACUCCGAUGAACAAAAUUAACAGAUGAUAAAAUACGGGUGUCAGUUAGUACUAUGGUCAGUCAUGUCAUUUAAUUAUUGUAUUUUUUAACCUUCAUCCCUAAUUCCUGGCAAAGAUGCCAGUAAAACAUCCAUGAAUUGACUUUGUUAUGUUUAGGUUUUGCUUUUAAGACUCUGUAAUAUGCAAAUGUAUUAUAUAUAAUUGAACUAAAGCCUCUCUCAUUAAAGGCUUUCAGUUGGCUUUGAUAUAUAAAGAACUUAUUUAUGAAGUAGUGGUUUUUAAGGCACUUAACUCCUUGUUUUUCUUUGUUUUGCACAUUUUACUCGAGUGUGGUUCAGACGUGUCUGGAAAACAGUGUGUUUCAGACAAAACAUAAUUUUUUAUUGCCAGUGUUUAUAAGGAUUUAGUUAAUAAAACAAGGGAGCAUGAAUUGCUGCUUUGAAUGAUAUUAAUACAAACAUCAAAACAUCUGAUUUGAUAUUCUGCUUUGAAGAAAAUGUUUGCUGCACGUUGAAAAAGCAUUCCUUCAAGCAAACAAAAAACAAAGGUAAUGCUGAUCAAAUGAACUCUUUGUGUUUGGAUUUUUAGUGUAUUUUUAAUGUAAUAUAUUUCUGAUUUCUGUUAAUUUUCACAAUCAGUUAAUGCUUAAGCCAGUUAAAUGUAUAUCUCAGAUUUGUGCCUUUAUGUUCCGCACACUGCCUGCCACACGUGCAAAGAAAACAAAUGUUAAAAGUCUGCUAUCUGUACUUAAUCUCAAAAAAUGUUAUGAUUGUCACACUGUAUGGACAAUGUGCCCUUUGUUACUCGUAUCUUAAUAAAAUCUGUGUAAUAUUAUUAUAAUUGUGCCACAAGUUUAUUAAAGUAAGAUAAAACAGCUGAAAA